AUGUAUUCUUCUAGAGCUCUCGCGAAAGCAGCACAACGCACGCACUUUCGACACGCGGCUAGUCGGAUCCCGGGUCUAACGUCGCAAACAUGGAGGAGGAGCAUUGCAACAAAGAGCGACGUAAACAAGCAGAUGGUUGAGAAACUACCUUUGGCUGGCAUCAAAGUACUGGAUAUGACGCGGGUGCUUGCAGGGCCAUACUGUACACAGAUUCUUGGAGAUCUGGGAGCGGAUGUCAUCAAGAUCGAGCACCCUACAAGAGGCGACGACACGAGGUCCUGGGGUCCACCAGAUGCGCCCUAUACCGAUGGCAUCGAGCGUCAAUUCCCUGGCGAAAGCGCAUACUACCUUUCUGUGAAUCGUAACAAGAAGUCGGUCGGGCUAGCUUUCAACAACCCCACCGGGAUCUCCAUCCUCCAUAGACUCGCCCAAGAGUGUGAUGUCCUCGUCGAAAACUACCUCCCAGGAUCACUCGCAAAGUACCAGCUCGACUACGCGACGCUUGCGAAGCUCAAUCCCUCUCUGAUAUACGCGUCUGUCACCGGGUAUGGACAAACUGGGCCAUACCGCGAUCGCGCGGGCUACGACGUCAUGGUCGAGGCUGAGAUGGGCUUGAUGCAUAUCACUGGCGAGCGCGACGGACCCCCAGUCAAGGUCGGCGUAGCGGUGACGGAUAUUAUGACCGGGAUGUAUACUGCGAUUGGCAUACAAGCAGCGUUAUAUUCACGAAAAGAGACCGGCUUAGGUCAGUGGAUCGACGCGAGUUUGAGCGACGUGCAAGUAUCGGGGUUGGCAAACAUCGCCAGCGGCGCACUGGUGACGGGAAAAGGCGAUAGCGGACGAUGGGGAACUGCACAUGCAACAGUAGUACCCUACCGAGCCUACAAAACAAAAGACACCAACAUCGCAGUCGGCGGCUGCAACGACCGCCUAUACGGCAUCCUCUGCGACAAGCUCCAGCGUCCAGAAUGGAAAACCGAUCCUCGCUUCCUCACAAACGCGCUCCGCGUCAAACACCGCACCGAGAUCGACACGCUCGUAGAGGCCGAGCUCAUGACCAAGACAACGCAGGAAUGGCUGGAGAUCUUCGAGGGAAGCGGAAUGCCAUACGCGGCUGUCAACGACAUCAAGGGCACGGUCGAGCACGAGCAUGUUCUUGCGCGUAAUAUGAUCGAAGAAGUUGAGCACCCUGCGGUAGGCAAGGUAAAGCUUGUCAAUCAUCCGGUCAAAUAUUCGAGAGCAGAGCCGCGGAUCAGGAGUCCGCCGCCAUUGUUGGGUCAGCAUACGGAUGAGGUAUUGAGGGACGUAUUAGGAUAUGACGAGGCUGGGAUUAGAGAGCUGAGAGAGAAGAAGGUAGUCGCGUAG